GCCUUAGAGGUGGUCCAAAAUGAAAAUGGAUGCUUAAUGCAGUUGGUGGCCUCUCAAAGAAGAAGAAUUCAGAGUUUGGAGACAGAGUUAGAAGAGUUGAGGGCAAAUGCGGUCACAAGGGUGCAAGAUGGGUGGAUAUUGGAGCAACAGUAUACUCGGUUAUUGGAAGAAAGAAAUAGGUUGAGGGCAAGGUUAGCAAAUGAUGAGGAGGAAUUAAGAAG